UGCCCUCCCGGCUGCCAUGGCAACCGCCGAGCCGGGCUGCGAUAGGUGGAGCCGCCGCGCUGCCCCGGCCACGUGACCGGCUCCCGAAGGCCCCCGCGGCAGUCAUGGCCGCCCGCCUCUUCCCCGCCGUCAAGUUUGUCGUCAAGGGCAGCGUGGCUGGAGCCGCCGUGUUCGUGGUGUACGAGCAGGGGCUGCUGGGCAGCGGUGCACAGGGCGCUGAGGCUCUCCGGAAAGCUCGAGCGGCGCUGCCGCCGGCCAUCCACGAGUGGACAAGUUACGUAGGCUGGGAGCUCCCACCCACUCCAAAAUUGGACUUUUCCCCCUCGGCUUCCUGGAACAAAGGAGUGCAGACAGUCAUGUCCGCCCUGUCUGUAGCUCCCACCAGGGCCUGUGAAUACACCGCGGAAGGCUGGAAGUACGUGAAGGAUCUUGUCAAGUGAGCACGUUCUCCGGGGUUCACGGUUCUCUCCAUCCCGUGUCUUUGGGAUGACACGCAGUCCGUCCCGCUGGAGGGCAGCUCAGCCACGCAAGGGCUACAAUAAAACCAUUUGGAAGUUC